AUGACGAGUGAGCUGUUACUUACACCCCCAAUUCUGGCGACGAGUCGAGGCGCAAAGUAUACCUUGUCAUCCACAGCAAUAACUCAACGCCGUGCCUUUCGGCGGACAGAUGAUUUUACCCCUGGCACGCCCAAGUUGAAACUCCUGCAAGAAGCACUUCCCCAACUUGGUCCGACACAAGUUUUGAUCAAAGUCCACGCUGUCGCCCUGAACUAUCGCGACGCCAAUAUCGCGAAUGGGGGAAACCCGUGGCCGGUGAUCCCAAAUGGAAUCUUGUGCAACGACGCAGCGGGUGAGGUGAUCGCAGUUGGUGAGAAGGUGGCGGCGUUGGCGGUCGGGAAUAGGGUUGGCCCUAUCACCGAUACGGAAAACAUCUCAGGGCGCGAGACAAAGCGGUCUUGGUUAGCGGCUGAUGAAGAUGGAGUCAUGGCGGAUCAUCUUGUCUUUGACGAAGCUGUGCUGUGUAAUCUGCCCGACUAUCUUGACUGGGAGGAGGCUUCUGUGAUUCCAUGCGCUGGGGUGACUGCUUGGUCGGCGCUGAAGGGUAUGAGUAUCGGACAGACCGUGUUGAUUCAAGACAGAACAGGCACUGGGGGUGUGAGCGUUUUUGCUCUCAAACUCGCAAGUGCGGCCGGUCUUCGCAUGAUCCUCACCUCUUCCAGCGACGCGAAACUUCAGCAGAUGAGAGAAAUGUACCCAUCGAUAUUGACAGUCAAUUAUUCCAAGAUUCCAGACUGGGAUAUUGAGGUCAUGAAGCUCACCGGAGGAGUUGGUGUGGAUAUAGUCGUGGAAAACGGAGGCGCCAGCUCUCUGGUCAAGAGCCUUAAGUGUACUAGACGCAGCGGUGUCGUCAGCCAAGUCGGAUAUCUGUCGGGUCAAGAUCCGAGUUAUCUUCGCGAACUCAUUCCAACUAUCAUUGACCGCAGGAUCAACCUCCGAGGUAUCAAUGCCGGCUCGAGACGCGACAUGGAGGAUCUUUGUGCCGCUUUGACUGCCGCUCGAACGCCUCUGAAAGACUUGAUCGAUCGGACCUUUGCCUUUCAGGAAGCCGAGGAAGCGGUUGAGUACAUCUGGCAGGGCAAGCAGAUUGGCAAGAUUGUUCUCUGUCUCUCAGUUCACUUGUCAGUUAUCGUGAUCAUGAAUUCGAUGCACCAUUCAAAUAAGCAGCCUUCAAAAUUUCCAGCGAGAGCAAUCGUCACUGAGACUUCAGGACGAGAUGUAGAACUCGUGAUUGCCGUGUUCGCUUGUUGGCCUCGUUUUCAAUGCGGCAGACGCGUAGGCAAACAGCUUUUCAACGUGUUUCUCUGCCGUCCAAGAAUUGUUCAGGUCACUACGACGAGAGAUAAAUUCCAGCUGUAG